AUGUCGUUGUUUGCAAGAUGUCUCUUCCUCGCUUGGGUAGUUCCCAGAGCAAUGGCUUCUUUCAGUGUGUAUCAGUAUUACGACCCCGCUACCUUGGAGUCUAUAUACGGACUCUCAAGUGCGUGUAUGGCUGCAGUAAAUACGACCCUCAAUUGCGAUACAUCUACAACAAAUCUGGUAGCGCAAGGUGUAGAUAAUUCCUAUUGGUAUCAGAAUAACAUCACAACCUUAUGCACAUCAGCGUGCACGGCAUCGAUGGCGACCUGGUUGAGCGCCGUCGAGGCCAACUGUGGCUCAGAAAGCAUGACGUUUGGGGAAACUGUUGUAGACCCUCGAUUCGUACCAUAUGUUUUCAUCGAGAACUAUGAUGUGGCAUGUCUGCAAGAUUCUUCCGAGAAUUGGUGCUACCUGGAGUCUGAGUCGUGGCAGGGAAGUAACUACAUCACGUGGAAUGCCGACACGUGUUACAGUGAUGACCCGCCGGUUGAAUGCUCGGAUCCAAGUUGGACACCAGCUAAUAUUAGUGCAAGCAUGUCUUCUGUCACAAACUUGUACAAUUCUAGCCUUUAUUGUUCAGAAUGUUUCCUCCUCAUGUGGAAGCAGAGACUUCUGUCUCCCCAUCUAGCAGCUAGUGAAUUCACAGACUACCUCAUUGAGCAAUUUGAAGACCUCCAAGGAAACUGCUCCACAACAAUGCCUUACACAACAUCCGCAGCGACCCUUUGGCUUACUGUUGGAGCGACUGCAACGACAUCUUCUGGAGCCACGACAACGUCGAGCUCAGCGGCGACAGCAACCUGUGCUGGUCAAAUUAUCCCUGUCUCUAGCCCUCCUCUCGGAUGCAAUCCACUUUCUGACAUGUACAAUGUUACGACUGGCGAUCUUCGAGCUGCCACUAAUGACUAUACCUGUGAAAUCACAGCGCCAAUAUGCGUGCCUUCGCCUUGCGAGAUCGAAGUGAUAUGGGGCGGUGUCUGUUCUGAGAUUGCUGCGGAACUUGACACAACCAAUGCGGCCUUCUUGACUUGGAAUCCAAAGAUUCAGGGAAGUUGUGACAAUCUGGUUGCUGGGCAGCGAAUAUGUACCUCCCCUCCAGGAGGUAAAUUCGUCCCAACAGGGAUAGUUGUUGCACCAACAUCAGUUGGAGAAUACUACACCACCGCCACUCCUGCAGAGCCAACUCAAUCUGGUUCGAUUACUAAUUGCGGUUUAUACUAUAACGUUGUCGCAGGUGAUACAUGCAACCAGAUCGCUUUAGUGUACGGCAUUACAUUCGCGGACUUGCAAGCAUGGAACACUUACCUGAAUGAUGAUUGCACAAAUCUGUGGUUAGGAUACGCGUUGUGCGUGGCCAAGAUGACGGUGCCUGCUAUAACAACAAAUGGAUACUGUGGGCCAAGCUACAACUACACGACUUGUACAGGAUCGGAUUUUGGUUCUUGUUGUUCUAUCUAUGGAGCCUGCGGAUCGACGGACGCAUACUGUGGAGCCGGAAACUGCUUUAGCGGAGCUUGCAAUGCAACCGCUACUGGGGUGAGCACUAACGGGGAAUGUGGACCAAGUUAUAACUACACCACCUGUACCGGAUCCGCUUUUGGCGACUGCUGCUCCAUCUACGGCUUUUGCGGGUCAAGUUCAGAUUACUGUGGCGCAGGAAACUGCUAUUCUGGCAACUGUGACACAGAUAUUGGCGGCAAGAGCACGACCGGAGAAUGCGGACCGCUGUUCGCCGGCAAUAAAACGUGCACAGGCACGCAAUUCGGUGUUUGCUGCUCUACUUCUGGUUUUUGCGGUAACUCAACAGACUAUUGUGGUGUCGGGAACUGCUAUGAUGGGGCCUGCGAUACAGAAUCUAGUUCGAGUAGCAGUAGCCUGAGAAGUCUCGUCUCUUCAAGUGGCCAAAGUUCCAGCGUCGUUGGAACGACUACUACGUCUGUCACACCGCCAGCCCCAACUCAAACGGGAAUCAUCGCCAGCUGUAAUAAAUAUUAUGUUGUCGUAUCUGGUCAGUCACAUAAUGGUAUCUUCGUCUGA